UGGGGAUAAAGACCUAACAAAAAAAAAAAAAAAAAUCAAAUUAUAUCAGAAGGGAGAAAAAAAAGAAAAGAAAAGAAAAGAGAGAAGUCAUCAGAUCCCUAAAAAUCGAACCCGGACGCAUAACCGACUAUGGCCUUUCACGUAGCUUGUCCAAUUACAUGCCGUAAAAUUUGCGACUGCUUGUUGGGGUUUCCUCGGACUCUCCAUGGAAAGGAAGCCAAGGAUUUGUUCCUCGACGAGAUUCAUUCUCUUCAGCACUUGUUGCCUGACCCCUGGGAUGCUGGAGCCUCAAAGGAAGGCACCGUUCAGAUCCACGUGCCUAAGCUCGCUCCCUCCGAUAUUGGUGUGGAUGAUUCGGUAAAGGAGGUGGUUGCUGCCUCGUCGAUUUCGAGAAAAGGGAGACACACGGUGGUGCUGAAGAAGGCAGUUGAGAAUCAUGCUGAACAUUCUGCUUCUGAUGACUUUGAGGUUGCUGUCAAUGAGCUCAAUGAAGUAGAUCAUGACACUGACAGUGCAAGUGUUACGUGUCCCAUGUGCUUUAUGGUUGAAGUUGGGAAGAGUGAGAGAGCAAAGAUGAUUUCUUGCAAGUGUUGUGGCAAGAAGUAUCACAGAAACUGCUUGAAGUCUUGGGCUCAACAUAGAGAUUUGUUUAACUGGAGCUCCUGGGCUUGCCCCUCUUGCCGAACCUGUGAGGCAUGUGGAACUUCAGGGGAUCCGAAGAAGUUGAUGUUCUGCAAAAGAUGUGAUGAUGCCUAUCAUUGUGAUUGCCAACAGCCUCGACACAAGACUGUUAGUUCUGGACCCUAUCUGUGUCCUAAACACACCAAAUGUUACAGCUGUGGGUCUAAAGUCCCUGGGAAUGGCCAGAGCUUACGGUGGUUUUUGGGGCAUACUUGUUGUGAUGCUUGUGGAAGGCUGUUUGGCAAGGGAAAUUAUUGUCCUGUAUGUUUGAAGGUUUACAGGGACUCGGAAGCAACACCAAUGGUGUGUUGUGACUAUUGCCAGCGCUGGGUCCAUUGCUUGUGUGAUGGAAUCAGCGAUGAGAAAUAUAUGCAGUUUCAAGUGGAUGGGAAUCUUCAGUACAAAUGUUCUACUUGUCGCGGAGAAAGCUACCAGGUCAAGGAUCUUGAGGAUGCUGUACAGGAAAUUUGGAAACGUAAAGAUAUCGAGGACAAAGAGCUAAUUGCUAGCCUAAGAGCUAGUGCACGAGUCGUAGGGAAAACUGGUGGCGCCCCUGUUAUCAAUCAGCCUGGUUCUUCCGAAAGAAAAGUUGCUGAAAAGGUUAUGGUCAGUGGAGAAGAAGAGAAGCCACUGAGAGUUCUCAGGAUAAAAAGUAGCAGGCCUCAAGAUUCAGAUAGCGAGAAACUCGGAAAACACUCUAAAGAGCAGAGCCCUGUGAAGGCGAAAAAAUUGGUGAUAAGUAUAGGCCCUAGAAAAGCAGGAGUUACAAACCCGGUGAGCUGCGAUACAUCAAACCUUGCCUCCAAAUCCAACGGAAAGCAUGGGAAAUUACAAUCAGAAGAAACCGCUUCCCAAGAAGAGCAGGAAAGGAGCGUAUUGAGAAAGAGUAGUGAAGAAAAGAGAGGGUCUCAAAGUGAGGUAGGCACUUCAAAGGGGGAAGGCGGAGGAGAUUCAAAUGGUGGCCAACAAGAGUUGCAGAAAGAUUCAAAAAGAUUGCUGAAACUGAAAAUAAAAACGCAUAAUCCGGAGAGCCAAGAACGUGAAGCCCCUAGAAUUGUGUAUGGAAGAAGCAAGUCUGGGAAAGGACAUAGGUCCAAAAGAAAGAGAGCAUCACCUCCAGCUGAAAAAUCAGCGUUCAAUGAAGAUGAAGAUGUGUCACUGUCACGUGAUGACAGUUUGUUAGACGAAAUGCUUGAUGCUAGUUGGAUUCUGAAGAAGUUGGGGAAGGAUGCAAAAGGCAAAAAGGUUCAAAUACACGAGGCCUCAGAUAAUACAUGGGAGAAAGGAGUGGUAAGUGAAGUAGGAGGAGGAGGGACAUCGAAGUUGAUGGUGACGCUUGAGAAUGGAAAAGUGAAGACGGUGGAGCUGGGGAAGCAAGGGGUUAGAUUUGUUGCUCAAAAGCAAAAGAGGACGAGAACGUGAGAGGCUUUGAGCAUCAUCCAACAUUUGGAACAAGAUGAGCAAAAGACCUUGCAGGAGGAGUUGGUAGGUGAAGCAGUACUAGCUUCUUUAUCAUCGAUUCCUUUAGAUGUUGUAUGUAUAAUAAUAUAUACAUUGUGAAACAAAUUUAGCUUUUGAAAAAUUUGAAGAAAGGAUUAACAGCUGAAUGAAAUAAGAGAUUUUGAGAAUUUCAGAAGAGUAAUACAUUAAUGAUUGGUUGCUUGCUUGAAUAAUUUUUCUUAUUAAGAAAACAAAGGUUUUGAAGAAUAUUAGAAUUUAUCAAAACUUCUAGCUACUUUGGAAAUCUAUCCCGUUGAAACUUUGGUAUGGACUGUAUUAGAGAAGGUGUGGGGGGGGGGCUAGUGGAACACCAAAGUCAACCAAACACAAAGAUGUAUUUGGACAUUGCCAAGUGUAACAGUAAAAGACAUAAUAUAUUCCCAUUAUGUCUGAUAAGAAACAAUUGCUUUUGAAAUGACAUGAUAUGGUAAUAAAAUAAUCAAUUAACUCCCAACUAUUAAACUGUCGGUCAACUACAAUCUAGGAGUAGCUACUAGAAAUGACAUGGACCAUAGGACAAUAUUAAGAUUAAAUAGUUAGAAUUGGAGAGGGUGGAAGUUGUAAGACAAGAGGGUACUGCUCACUAGUCUUUAACUCAUAACCAGGUUGCGAUCUGCGUUUCCGUGAAACAAAAAAAAAGGGAGAGAAUGUUACAGCUGUUAUUCACGAUAGCGUUCUCAGCGGCGCCGUUAACGCUGUACAUACCACCGAUCAGGUGUUUGACGGCGUUCGCUCAGACGGUGGAGGAGAUGGAAAUUGAAGGUAGGCUUUAUAGAGGGAGAGUCUUCGCUCGCGCCAGAAUAGCUUGGUCUAGGCUUCUCGAUUGCUUCUUCUCCUCUUCUCCUCGCCGUCCUUAACUCAUAUGUUCUUCUCUUCUCUCUUUCCCUGUACAUAUAUAUAUAUAUAUAUAUCUCAUCAUGUUUACUCUUUCCCUUUACGUUCGUUGUGUGUUCGAUUUGGGAUAUUUCAAGAAUCAAGAUGAUGAUAGAGACUUAGGGUUUUGUUCUUGUACUUGAUCUUCUUAAUAAACAGAGAUGGAUCAUACUCCUCUUCUUGUUUUUAUA